AAGUUGUUGCUGUUUGCUUGUUUUGAGUUGUCGUUCGUGUGCUUUUUCCAUCAAAAGAAUAUUUUUGUAAUAUUGUGAUUGAAUAUUCAUCUACUUAAAUUCAAAAUUGCUUAUAUAAGCCAAGUGUAUUUUAUUAGUGUGAAAAUUAGUUGCUCCAAUUUGUUAUUGCAAAAAAUAAUAAACAGUAAUGUCUACAACAGUGAACAGGUGAUUUCAAUCCAUAUGUUGCAACUUUUACGAUACAUUUUUAAAAAUUAUGAAGUGAAACGCUCCUCAAAACGGACGAGUUAAAUGAAAGGCAUCAACGAAUCGUCCGAUUUGCAAAUGAGUAAAAAUGGCAACAGAAGGAAGUGGAGAGACACCUUCGACGGUACCAAGUUUGCCGGGGGUACCAGAGCAGACUUAUCUGUUUCCAAAGGUCUCAAAGGGGCAUUCAAGAUCUGUAAGUCAUGGGGGCACGCCUAUGUUGGCCGGGAACCCAGCAGUUGCGAGGCCACCUCUCAAGUCGGCUAUGCGGGGUCAUCAACGUGCUCUAUCGCAUGGUCAGAUCGAAGAGGGACAGCGGCCAUCUUCAGGGCCUGGACACAGUCGCACCGGUAGUAGGACGGACUUCAUUCUGCCGCCAGGUCAUCGGGAGCCGGUGCCUGCCAGUGCUCAACCCCGCCUGGCUUCUGUGCGUGGUCACCACUCCCGGCAGGCUUCACGGUCGGACUCCAUAUACACAUUGCGCCGUGCUUCAGUCGUAGCCCCAUGGCGUCGGGCAGUGUUCUGGUUGAUGCGACGGCAACAGCCAGCAAUUGACAAUAGACACUUGGUUGUGAUACCAAAUCAUCUUGUGCCAGACAAAACACCCCCAAAAGACCACCCAAAUGGACAGAGAUGUAAUAAUGUAAUCAGGACUACUAAGUACACAUUACUGUCAUUCUUACCAAAAAACUUAUUUGAACAGUUCCAUAGGAUUGCCAAUGUUUAUUUUAUAUUCAUAGUGUUACUAAAUUGGGUGCCGGCUAUAAAUGCAUUUGGGAAGGAGAUAGCUAUGCUACCAGUGUUGUUUGUGUUGACUGUGACUGCCAUAAAGGAUCUGUUUGAGGAUCGCAGGAGACACACAUCUGACAAGAGGAUAAACAACUCAUUCUGUCGAGUCUACAAAAAAUCUGUGGAGAGGUAUGUGCGCAUGAAGUGGAAGGAAGUCCGGGUAGGAGAUCUGGUGCAUCUAUCCAACAACGAGGCGGUGCCCGCUGACCUGGUGCUGCUGCACUCCUCUAACUCUCUGGGGAUCUGCUACCUCGACACCUGCAACCUGGACGGAGAGACCAACCUCAAGCAGAGGACUGUAGCACCGGGCUUUAAAGAUAAGCAAUUCGACUUCAAUCCCGCAAAAUUCAGAAGCUCAGUCGAAGUAGAGAGACCUUCGACUAAAAUAUAUAGGUUCACCGGAACGAUAUCACAUCCAAACGGCGUCAGAGUUCCUUUAAAUUCAGAAAAUCUCCUCCUGAGGGAUUGCACGAUAAAGAACACUGACUUCGUGGAAGGAAUAGUGGUGUACGCGGGACACGAAACGAAGGCGAUGCUCAACAACGGAGGCCCGAGAUACAAAUGCUCCAAACUCGAGAAGAGGAUGAACACGGACGUUAUAUGGUGUGUCCUCGUGCUGCUAUUCCUCUGCUGCGCUGGCGCCGUAUGUUGCAAGCUAUGGUUCGACAGAUACUACCCAUACAGCAAUAAGUUCACGCCGUUCAUUCCUAGCGCCGACAAGCCGGCAUACGAAGGACUUCUAAUAUUCUGGACGUACAUAAUCGUCCUGCAAGUGAUGAUCCCGGUGUCGUUGUACGUCACGAUAGAAAUGACAAAGCUGUUGCAAGUGUACCACAUCCACCAGGACGUCGACAUGUAUGACCCCGUGACCAACACGCGAACGGAAUGCAGGGCGCUGAAUAUUACCGAAGAACUGGGCCAAAUCAACUAUCUGUUCAGUGACAAGACAGGCACGUUGACCGAAAAUAAGAUGGUAUUCAGACGUUGUACGGUCAACGGCGUGGACUAUGACCAUCCACCGGGCCCUGAAGCUGAACCAUCCACGGAGCUGCCGCCUAUCGUGACGCCAUUAACUCACGUGUCGCCUAAUAGAAGACUGCUGCAACAUUUGUUGGAUAGCAACGACGGACAGCACACGCAAAAGAUCCGUGAGUUCCUGCUGAUCCUGGCGGUGUGCAACACCGUUGUGGUGUCACAGCCGCACGUGGAUUCCAUGUCGCUCAGCGCCUCCGCCUCCUCUAGCGAGAACCUCCGUGCUCAGAAGACCCCCCGCCCCAACGGAACUCUGCGAUCCAAUGAUAAAUACGCUCGACUGAACGAAUCUAGAUCAACGACGCCUUCGCCUCCUCCGUCCACCACCUCCCCGUUACGACUGAGGCUGCCCAAGCUGCCCUUUGGGAGCAAAGACGACUCCACUGCGACCAGCUCUUCGCCUGAAGUGCAGUUGGCACGGUUCGAAGCCGAGAGUCCCGACGAGUUGGCACUGGCCGAAGCGGCUCUGGCGUACGGGUACGAGCUGCGGUCCCGAGCUCCCGACGAGCUCGAGGUGGGCGUGCGCGGUGAACUCACCAGGUUGAAGCUGCUUCGGGUGCAGCAGUUCGACUCCAACAGGAAGUGCAUGUCCGUGGCGCUGCGAACGAGCAGCGGCCAGGUAGUGUUGUAUGUGAAAGGAGCUGACAGCACGGUAUUGAACGCGCUGGCUCCAAUGCGCGCGGGAUCAUCCGAAGCGGCCGCCUACGAGAGGACCCGCUCCUUACUGUCCGAGUACUCGCGCGCGGGUCUACGUACACUGGUCAUGGCGAAGAGGACCAUGCAGCCAGCCCGCUGGGAGGAAUGGCUUGCUUCACAUAACAGGGCGUCGGAGAUUGGAGAAGGUCGCGAGAAACGUAUCCGUGAAUCGUUAGCUCGGCUGGAGAGCGCUCUGACGCUGGUGGGGGCCACGGGGGUCGAGGACCGGCUGCAGGAGGCCGUGCCGCACACCGUGCGAGCCUUGCUGGAUGCCGGCGUCGUGGUGUGGGUGCUGACGGGAGACAAGCCCGAGACUGCCAUCAACAUCGCGUACUCCGCCGCGCUCUUCUCACAGAGCGACAGGCUGCUGCACCUCAUGUCCAGAGACAAGGAGCACGCGGAGUCCACGAUCAAGAGUUACCUGGAGGGAGGCGUGAUGGAUGGGGGCGCGGGCCGAGCGCUCGUGGUGGACGGCCGCACACUCACCUACAUCCUAGCACGAGGGUCCAGUCUCGUGGCGCCCUUCCUGUCGCUGGCCCGCAGGUGCUCCUCGGUGCUGUGCUGCCGAGCGACGCCGCUGCAGAAGGCAUACAUCGUCAAGGCAGUGAAGGAAGAGUUGAAGGUGACGACAUUGGCUAUCGGGGACGGAGCCAACGACGUCUCCAUGAUACAGAGCGCCGACGUGGGUAUUGGUCUGUCGGGACAGGAGGGACGGCAGGCGGUGAUGGCGUCAGACUUCGCGCUGUCGCGGUUCAAGUUUUUGGAGCGGCUCCUGUUGGUGCACGGACACUGGAGCUACGACCGGCUCGCAAGAAUGAUACUAUACUUCUUUCUUAAGAACGCCACGUUCGUCUUCAUGGUGUUCUGGUACCAGCUGUACUGCGGGUUCUCGUCCUCCGUGAUGAUAGACCAGCUGCACCUGAUGGCUUACAACCUGUGUUUCACCGCCAUACCUCCCAUCGUAAUGGGUGCGUACGACCGAGCGGCGCCGGCGUCGCUGCUCCUGUCGCGGCCGGGGCUGUACCGCGCGUGCCGCCUGGGCCGCACGUACCGCUCGCUGUCCUUCUGGCUGGUGCUGGCCGAGAGCCUGUACAUUAGCGUCGUGGUGUUCUUCACCGCGCUGGCCGCCUACUGGGACACGGCCGUCGACAUCUGGGCGUUCGGCACCUGCAACAUGACCUGCUGCCUCGUCAUCAUGCUGCUCUACGUCGCCAUUGAGACGAGGAGUUGGACGGUGAUACAGGUGGUGGCGCUAGCAGGGUCGCUGGGCGCCUUCUACGUGAUGACCCUGGUCUUCCAGAGCAUGUGUGUGUCGUGCUUUGGGCUGCCGUCCACCUACAAGGUGAUGGAGCACGCGCUCGCAGACCCCACCUACUGGCUCGUGUUGGCUCUCUCCACAGUAGCAGCCCUGGCUCCCAGGCUGGCGUGCCAUGCCAUACGCAACUCGGCGCGGCCGGACGCGGUGGGUCGCGCGGUACAAGCGCGGCGGCGACACGUGCGCUCGCGUCUGCCGUACGCCGCUCACUAUCACACGACAACAUCCUCCGCGCACGUUUACAGGUCAACUGAUGAAGACGGCCUUCAAAAGAUUCAACCGGAUGUGACUGCUAUUACGUGACGACGACGAUUGGAGCAGUGGAAGUGUACCCUUACGUGAGCCCGCCCGGUCGGGAAACAAACCUAGGCUGUGAUCUGUCGAUAGAAUUACUGUGUAACUGUAUAGACUAAUUUAUUGUGCUUUUAUAUAACGCGGGACCAAUGCGUCAUGUACGCGGAAUGCGUGUAGUGUGAAAAUAUAAGCCGUUACGAAUUUUGAUUCGGAUGACGGCUCUGUGUAUGAGCGAAGCUUAGACUUAUCAGCUUAUUAUUAAUUGAAGUCAGUAUUCCUUAAUUUAAUAUGUAACGCUAUAGUCCCUAACGCUGGCAGUAGCUCGUCCUUAGGUAUUUAUUUCAUAUUCGAAUCUGGUUCCAAAAUUUUUGUUCAAUUACUUGCCAAUUAUGUGAUUGUUCAGUUGCUGUUGCCACUAUCAUAAAAGUGGGACAUUCUCGGUUGAUAUAAAGUGGUUUCAAAAACCCUGAAAUUGUUGGUAUUAUAUUAUAUAAUAGGGUGUGAUAUCGUUAUGUAUGUUGAUAGAAAUGUAUUUUUGUAAUGUUAUAAGAUGGUAAAUCGCACGUAGUUGUAAUGUAUGUGUUUGUUUGAUAAUGGAUAUUUUCAAUACAUAGCUAAAUAAGCUAGCUUAUCCGAAACACGUUAAGUUUUGGAUGUGAUGACAAAAUGAGUGUUGUAGUAUAUACUUGCCAUCGCAACGGCUGCACGCGUCCAAGACAUCCUAAUUACAUUUGACUGAGGGAUAUGUGUUGCAAAACUAAUAAAUUCUAAAUUAAUAUCUAAGAAAAUUCUAUUUGUAUAAUAUUUUUAUAAACAUAUAUUAUACUUUAGUCUCUGCUCACUAAAAAUGUUGCAGUGGUUGGUACUAUCAAAUGUUAAUAGGAAAACAAGUACUAUUCAAACAAAUUUGUAACAUUGUUUUCUUCAAACAAAGAAUUUCUUAUUUAAAUCAAGUUCCAGGUGACUUAAUUUGUUUCGUUUUUCAUAUCACAUUAAUAUAAUAUGUAUUUUUAUAAUAGCGUUUUAAAUAUCUAGUCACUUCAUAAUUUGCACGUACAUUGAUCUGAUAAGUAUAGCCCAUAAUCCAUUUUUUCCCUUUAUAUAAUAUAUAAUCACCUAUUGAACUUUUGCCUUUUCAAAUUUUAGUAUCAUGCGCUAAUAUUUAAUUUGUUAUUUUUUAUCGGUAAGUAUUUCUGUGUCCCUACAAGACAUGUUAUAACAAAACAUACAAAACUAAUGAAGCUUAAUUGAAGAAAUAAUGUUAAUUGCUUCACGCUGUCUGCUCAACAUUUCAUAUAUUUUUUACAUCUGAUAUCAUUAAUAUCACCUGAACUGGCUUUAAUCCAUCUCUAGUUAAAUUCGAAUUAAUUAAUAUUAAUGUAAAAUUGCGGAGCAUAAAUUAGAACGGUACCUUCAGGAAAAUAUAAGUGUUCCAAUUAAAACUGAACUGUUAGACAAAUAUAUUAUGGUGCUACAGUCGAAUGAGUUUGUCAAAAUGGAUAGAUAUUUUUAUUGCAUUUUAAAAGAAGAAAGAAAACUAUUUAUUUAGACACAAACACAAAUAACAAAGUGUUUAAAAAAGGAGCCACUCAGCAUGUGUUCUAAAGCUGAUCUUCUGAAAAUGAGUGAGGUGGCCCUCGCGUGACACAUGACAUCAUUUUCAUCACCGACUACAGUCAAGAGUAAGUUAGGCGUAAGGGGGCAAUUCUGACUUUCUGAUUUGUUAUAUUAUAUUCAUAAUAUCUUUUAGAUUUCAGCUUUAGAUAUUUAAUUGUCGUAUGUAAUUUUUCAAUUACAUUAGACAAAAAAAGAGCUUAAUACAUGUAAUUAAACAUAUAAAUAGCAUUUAUCCAAGUACACCCAUGUUUAAAAUAUCUAAUAAAAAUUCCAAAAGGGUUAGCUUAUUGCCAACAUUAAAACACCCAAUGUCCUAAUAACCAUUACAAAAUCCAAACGAGUGUUGUAAUGAAAUUCAGUACAACAUUACAACACUCGUUUGGAUGUUCUAAUGGUUACUAGGACUAGCUUUUUUAAUAUUAGCAGUAAGCUAACUGUUUCAGAAUCUUUUAUAGAGGAUUCAUAUUUUGGGUGUAGAUAGUCUUGUAUGCAACUUUUGAUAAUUAGGCAUUAAAACACUCAUGUGACACUAUAAUAAUAAAAACCCCACAUUCGUGUUUUACUACCCCUUAUUAUUAACUGUAAUAUAACGGCAUUUUGUUUUCUCCCACUCACCACCUUAUACUUACUGUGUUGAACUUACAUCCGAAAAUAAUUUAUUCAUUUAGGUCAAUAAAUGAUACGAUUGCUGAACUUAUAUGGGAUCCUUUACAAUCUUCAGUAUUUUACUUAAUAUUGAUGCAACAAUAAUUACUGAAAUUAAAAAUGAUAAAUCACAAAAAAAAAAUAUAAAAACACUGUAAAAAAUGGUAUCAUGUAAACAUUUUAUUAGGUAAAAUAUUAUUUAAAAAACAAUAUAAAACUUUAGUACCAAAAAAGCAUAUCUGGCUCCAAAAGCAGCGCCCAUUCACGAGCAUGGCAGAUGGACCAGCCAUCGCUUCCCGCCAUGUUUUAUGGAUAGUUCGUAACCAUCCCGCGAGCAUGCCACGCGUUAUUAACGACUUAAUUAGUAUAUACAAACUUCUCUGUGCUCUCUUGUUUGAAAACUGUCAAUAAGUAUAUUAAUAAUAAAAAACUAGUGCCUUCCAUUCAUAAUGUAGACAAAACGCAUCUCUCACAGUCAAGUGCCUGUCUUUGACUCUAAUGUUUCCUAAAAGAUUUGAAACUAUUUUUAAUACUGUUAAUAUAGCGUUACUGUACAUACUUAAAAAUUAUAUAUUUCUACAUUGACAAUGAUUAUUGUGUACAGUAGGAUAUUUUUAUAUUUACUAAAUAUUUGUGUAAAUAACUUGUACGUUUUAAGACUGUUGUUUAUUGAAAGCUUUUAAUUUGUUUAUUUAACAGAGAUGGCAUUAGACGCUACGAGCUCUGUAUUUUCCAGUCAUUUUUACGCAUAAUAACUUGCCAUGUCAUGUUUUUAUAACUUUAUGACUGCACUUUUUAUGUAGUAUUUAUUAUACAUUACUCAUAUUAUUAUUGCAUAAAAUUCAAGAUUAUUUGUUGUCCUAUUUUCAUAACCUAUAAGAAAACUGAUAUUAAAUUCACGUCUAGUAUUGUUAUGUACUAUGGAAUAAUAUGUUUUAAUUAUAAUAUGUAAACGUUUAACUGUCAAUAGUGGCAUGUUGGAUGUGUCAUCAUUUGAGUGCCUAUUAAGACCAUUUUAUUAUUCCGACUGAUGGACUAGCUUCCAUGGUCAUGAAAUAAAUUAAAAAAAAGUGCCUAUUUAGGGCGCGCAUUUACAAUGUUGUCUAUGUCAGUCGCUAUUUGAUUUAAACUCAAUUAAUUCAACUUCCCAAAUUGAUAUCUGUAGCCGAAAAUAUUUGCUUUUAUAAAGUUUAAUCACAUAUUUUCGAAAAUUGUAUUCUAAACAAUCACCGACUUUUAUUGACACUGAAUGAAACUCAUCAAAAUAGGUAAUAGGCAUGACAAGAAUUUAGUUUUUAUUAGUGAAGCCUCUUUUAAACAACUUCUCAUUCAAUAAAAAUGCCGCCAAAUGUGACAAAGUAUUAUUCAAACGCAUAUCUAUACACUUGUUAUUUGCACAGAUAAUAUAUAACAGUGUGACUGUAUUAUCAUCGGAAUCAUGUAGACGGUGAUUUCAUUUGUUACCAUGUACUCAACUGUUGUAUUAUUUAUUACUUAGAUAAUUUAUACGUCUAGAUAGAGUCAGGCCGUGUUUAAUACUUUAGUGUGCGUGACAAGCUACGUCUUACACUCGCAAUUUGUAUGACACUCUGUGUUAGUGUGCGUGAAUUGUUCAAAAUAGAGGUUAAAUGUAAACUUAUAUUACGUAUCAUAGUCUAUCUAGACGUUUGAAUGAUCUAAGAUUUAUUAUAAAACUAGUCUUGUCAACGAAUAUUUAUUAGCUCUUUUCUAAUAAUUAAGUUUUGUCAUCUGAUGUUUUCUGUUCGAUUAUUUAUUUGUUCCGCUAUAAAGUAUUUUGUCGUUAAAUAUAUUUUUAUCGUAUUCUAUUGUUAAGAAUUGAUAUUAAACACAUUAAAUCGUUUUCUCUAAUGUUAGUUGUGACAGUGCAACACUAAUGACUAGAAAAUAUACGUCUGCCGAAAGUGUUGUUAUAAUAAUAAAAAAAAAUGUUUAAAUUCUGUAAAA